AGCAGCUCUGGACCGUUUGCUCAACAGUGUUUACGUCUCGCCUCAGCCUCCCUGCAGAUCGUAGGUAACAUUCAGGGUUUUUAUUGAAGGUAACUACCAGCGGCUGCAUCCGUGCAACUUUCAUGUGGACCUGAUUUAGUCAAACAGUUGGUUUGUUGGUUGCUGCUGCUCAACAGUGCCUGGCUGCAACUAGACAGCAAGAUUUGUGGUUUUGUAGAUUUUUUUGUAGUUUUGUAGUUUUUUCUUUUCUUUAACAGCUGGGUAUCAUGUACAGCAACGGCUACCCUCGCGACACCUUUGCCCUGCAGACCAAGAAGAUCCACAGGUCAAAGGGCAAAAGCUGUGGCUACUACAUGCGGAUAGUCUUCUUCUUCUCCUCGCUCAUUCAGACACUCAUCAUCGUCAGCCUGGUGCUCUUCCUCAUCUAUGGCCAGCCAGAGAAGUCGGCCGAGGAGAAGCACGUGGACGAGCUGAGUGAGAACUUCAAGAGGGUCUCCUUGAGCAACCUGCAGCUGAGGAAGGACAAAGUUGACCUGGCGGCAUCUCUGGGCAAGACCACGGGAGAGAAAACGGCACUGGUGAAAGACGUAGCCAAGCUGAAGACUGACCUGGAGACCUCCAACAACAACACAAAGAUUGACAAACUGAAGCUGGGUCAGUGUGUGAUAGACAAAAGGAGAAUUGAGAUGACACGAUCCACUCCAAUUCAGUGUCCAACCCUAGCCGUAAGGAACCCGUUUCUGAAGGGUGAAGCUGAAAUUCAACAAGACCGUAUGAGAGAACUGGUGAAGAAAAAUUUCACACUGAAAGUUGAGGACAUGAAAAAGGACUUGGACAGUGCCAACAAAGCUCGGGAUGAGUACCAAAUGUCCGACAUCGAGCUGAGAAGGGAGAACGACGAGCUGAAGGAACGCCUGAAGCGCUACACCCAGAUGUGCAAGGAGGAGUUCUCCAAGCCCCUUGAGGGCAUCCAGGAGGUGACAACCUCAUUCCUGGCCAAGAUCAACAAUGUCUUCCCCCACUCGCUUACCUUCCACCUGACCUGCGAGAAACAGCAGGAGCAGCUGGACAAGAUCCGUAACAACUGCACCAGCCUGUCACGCCAGGUGGAGGGCAAGUUCCAGGGGUACCUUGACAGGGUGGGCAACCAGGUGGCCAAGCUGCAGGGUGUCCGGAGCGAGCUGGAGGUUCAGAACCAGCGGCUGGUCAGUGAUCUCAAGACCUGCAAGGAGGAGGCGGCCAGCCUGAAGGAGCAGAACAGCCAGCAAGAGAAAGACGCCAAUCAAAAGUUUGACAGGAUGUUUCGAAAACAGCUGGUGGACAAGGAGCGGGUGCUACUGGACCUGGAAAUGACGAAACUCAGACUGGACUCGUGCAACUCCAAGCUGUCUACCCUCCUUCCCAGGCCCCCCGCUCCAAAACCACCAAAUGCCAUCCAAAUUGGCCAGGCAGGGUAAGAAGAACGCUUCAAGAAUGAAAGACCCGUAAGACACAACAGCUGCAUCUAUCAUCUUGACCAUUUCAUUCAACAGCACCUGGCAAGAAGCCUCUCAAAUCAAUGGCCUUCAAAUGAACCCUUUGCCAUGUGCAGUUCUCUUGUUUGCUGGGUUUACUUUUCAUCAUGCACUUAAUUUUUAAAUAAUUUAUUUGGUUUUCAUUGCAAUCCAGAUAGCUACCAAGUUGUUAUGGAAUGAAAUGUUGCCUAGAGUAUGCAACUAACAAAAUGAUGUAUUAAAGUUCUAUUCUGAGUUUCAUAUUGAUAUGAUGCCAUUAAUGUACAUUGUACACAGAUACAGCUGUGGACUUUAGUUACGUAACCUAUGUACAGUAACGUUGAGUGAUUUUGGUUUCUGCCAUAUCAUUAUAGGCUUAUAUAUUUUUAUGAUGUGAAAUAAAAUCUAAAUUGAUGGUGUACAUAUAUUUUUAUCAUUUGUUCAUUUUUUUGCAAUUUUAUAUGUAUGCUCUUGUUUUUUAAAUGCUGAUUUAAAUAAAUGAAAUAACUUGA